AUGGCUGACAAGGCCUACUACGCGGCUAACAAAAAUGGCAGUUUGUUCCGCCGAUUCUUCAAGACCAACGAUCCAGAUGAUGCUGUAGCGAGCGAAGGAGGUUCAUGUACACCGGACUCGACACAUGCCUACGUACACGACAAGCAGGAGAUGUACAUAUGUCCAUACUUCUUCGAGCAUGACCUCACCGAGCGAGCUAGCACCCUCAUACAUGAGCUUACACAUCAUAAGGACAUCAAAGGGACCUUUGAUUAUGACACUUAUAAGUACGAUGGCAUAAUGGGCCUUACCUCGGAGCAAAACCUCAUGCACGCCGACACUUACUCCAUUUUCGCCGUAUAUGCUACGAACACUUAUAGCAGCGAUUCCGAGUAG